AUUUCGUAUUGCAGAACCAAGCGAUUUUGACGAAAUUAUAAGGUUAUCAAAUGAAGUUUUCCCAAGUGGAAAUGACUAUCUUCCGCACAAGAUCAAUAAGUGGCUUCAGAUGAACAAUUUGGCCAUAUUGCUUGCAUUUGUCGAUGAGAAGUUAGUCGGGUUACAAGCUUGCUUCAUCGUGGAUGAGGGACAAACAUUUGUUCGUCAGGCGAUGCGGUUCGCUCCAGACUUACAAGGCAGAGGUCUCUCGCGAAAACUUUCGCAAGCCAUGGAUGCCUACGUUCGGAAGAACUUCCCAAGUGUUCGGAGGUUGCGUUUUUCGAACUAUGUUUAUCGCGAAUACUCGUCUGCUACGAAGAUGGUUCUAGAGUUGGAUAAGUUAGGGUACAGAGUGGAGCACUUACCGCUUGAUCCUCACAUGCCUUGCUCAGUGAAAAAUUCAGAGCUCGUUUCAUGUUCUAAGAAAUAUUUCUCAGAAGUCAUUCUGUCUCGCGCAUUUUCACACAAACUCUUCCCACUUAAUGUCCUAAUUGUUGACUGGUGCCCUUUCGAGGCUCUCUGUUCAAAUAUCGAUUACAUUUUACAAGACGACGAUUUAUUACUGACCGAGAGAUGUGACGAAUACGAGAUGCCGAGGUCUUUUAGCUUUGGUCGGCUGUCACCGAAAGCAAAAGUUAAGGAGUGGAUCGUGUCAGUGUACACUGACGACCCAAGGCUAUUUGAAGCUCAUGUUAUUCAACACUACUACCACGCUUGCAAGAUUAUCAAGGAAGAAUUUACUUUUGUGUCUUUCCAUGACAAAGGGCUGAGGAACCUUGGAAAAAAGACACUGGAAGAGAAACUAAACUUGCAGCAUGAUGAGUUUUAUAUGAAUGAAUCUCUUUUCUUGUAUGAAAGGGAUUUUGGUAUGAUAGAUUCAGGCAAUGUUUGUGAGGGAAAACAACUGUGAAGGACACAAAUAGAAUUAUUUCAAAACUCAGCAUUGCUAAUGUGCAAUGAUAAAGUUAUUUAAAUAUUUAUUUAGUUCUCAACCACAAUUUUUUUCAUUAGAUAGCAUUUUCUGUUGCACUGUCACUGUGCAAUCACCUGAAAAAUGUGGUGAGCAUUCAAACUCCUAGGUUGCUAUGAUGUUUGAAAGUGAAAGCCCAUUGUGUAUGCAGGAAUACUGAAAAUAAAUUAAUAGCUGGUGACGAUGGAAAUCUUGAUCGAACUGAG